UCCAGCGGGCGGACAAGGCGGAAGGCUAGCUAAGGGCUCCCCUGCGGGGUGUUGCGCUAGGGCGUCGUGCUGAGGGAUGGUAUCAAAGCAGGCUAGCUAUCACUUGCUACGUCGGAUGGGUACUGCCAUAACGGCCCGUUCGGCUACAGACGUCUGGGGCGCUGUGUGGCUCAAUAUCGUGGAAGGCGUUGCAGAAGCGGGUUAGCUGGCGAUGCGCCAGGGAUUCCGAGUCCGGCGUGCCACCGUGCCUAAGCGCCAUGGCCCCCAGGCAAUAACACAUAUUGAAGACCCCCAUAACCGUCGUUGCACUUGCCCCAAACUGUAUCAGGUGUGAACUGUCACUUCUCUACUUGCGUACAAAGCGGAAGCUCCAAGUGCACAUUCGUUAAGUACAGGGAGAGCAGCUCGGCGAGGAGGAGAGCAGGCCAAUGGCGUUCCUCCGCUGGGCUCUUGCAGCCCUGGUGGUGCAAGCCGCGGUGUUCAGCGUUAUUGCUCAAGAUGCUGAGCAAGCGCAAGUGGUUGCUGAGCUUUCUAUCAGCGAUGUGAAGGUGGUGAUCAAGGGCGCUGACGGUUCGGCGAUCAGCACGCUCACCGGGACGUACCCCAAGGCGGUGCUGGCGAACCCGCAAGUGCCCGCGGCCGGCUCUCUCGACGUGAGCCUGUCUGUGAAGAAGGGCGGUGAGUCCUUCAAGCCGCAGCAGGUCAUGCUCAUGCUGAAGAGCAAGUCGCUCGGCCUGGCUGCUUACGCGGUGGGCAAGCUGAAGAGCGGCUCUUACUCACUGUCCAUCAACGCCGCGGCCGUGGAGAAGCAGAUUGGCAAGGCGGCUGGCGAGUACGAGGCAACACUGCUGGUCGGCGACCCCUCCACCCCCAAGGGCAUCUCAUACGCCCUGGGCACCGCCGAGCUGCUCUUCAGCGGAGCCUCCAAUGCGCCCGAGCCGGCCGCCGCCGUGCGCACCGCCAAGUUCCAGCCCGCCAACAACGUCAAGCCCGACAUUACGCACAUCUUCCGCGCCCCCGAGAAGCGGCCGCCCGCCAUCGUGUCUCUAGUGUUUGCCGGCCUGGCGCUGGUGCCUCUGGCCAUUGUGAUCCUGUACGUGCCCCUCGCAACCGGCGUCAACUUCAAGGCCUGGUCCGCCGCGCCCCUGGCGGCGCUGCUCUUCCACGGCGGCCUGGCUGCCAUGCUGCUGCUGUACCUGCUGUUCUGGCUGAAGCUCAACCUGGCGCAGACGCUGCCGCUGGCGGGCGCAGGCGGGCUGUUCGUGGCGGGCAGCGGCUACAUGCUGCUGAGCGCGCUGAGCACGCAGCGGUUGAAGAAGGAUUAAGGAGCGCUAAAGGAGCGCGAAGAGGGGCUAAGACAGGAGCAAGGGGCAGAGGGGGGAAGCGCAAUGCGCAGGGUGUGGCGGUGCGCGCUAGGGUCGUCUGUGUGGUCGGAGAUUUGUAGGCCGGAGGAAUGCUGGUGUGCUGGAGGUAGGAGGACGGGAAGGGUAACUGCGGUCCAAGAAGGCACGUGCAUGGAUGGAGGAAGAGGCCGGAUGGACAGGUUGGGGACUUGGGGCGGAUGACGAUGGCACCGUGCCAAGGCACGGAGCCAGGGGAGACGGGAUGGACACAUGGUUGCAGGCCGUCCUGGACCACGCCUGUAACAAUACUGCGUG